GACGAGUACAAGUAGAGGAAGGGUUGUCGAGUGUAGGGUAGAGGUAGAUGCAGCUGGUGGUUGUUGGGCUAUACUGAGCAGAAAGGCGCUCGCCUUUAUACCAACCAAGACAUCCCCCAUGCGUCCUGCAUGCCCUCGGAUGCCCCACCCCGCUCAUCGCAUUCGCGCCAAGGCGCAGGGCAUAAACAUGCACUAUUCAAAGCACGCGGAGAUUCGGGUUGUGGCACUUUGCCUACGGAUGAACAGUUCCCCUAUGGCUAUCCGCAUGGGGUCUGAGGCAAAUUGGCUUCCUUCGCAUAAGAGGGCUAUGUGCCCCGUAUGCGAGAUGAGUGCUUGUACGCAAGCAGAUCUCCAGCGCAGGGCGGUAGAUGCGCGUCAUCCCUCGCGGGAGGGCCUUUCGCCUGUCGAUCCGGUCAUAGACGUCGCGGCCAUUUCCAUGAGCGGCGUAUCAAGCAGUGGCCGACAUUAAUCCUGAAAAAGGAGAAGAGGGCCUUCCUGGCCAAAGGCGCGCGGCUUUCAUUGCGAUGGGACCGGGUACUGCACACGCUGCAAAGAGGCGCCAUCUAUUGUCGAUUUGCCUUGUACGAUGAGCAUGACGGGCUUCCAUGAAAAUGUCGCGUUGGUGAGGCGGUCUUGCUUACCAGCCUGCUAGAUCCGUGCGAUAUACGUGUUGAGCGAUCAUUAU